AUGGCUGCGCUCACCAUACAAAGGACUGACAACUUUUUGCACACUUUUUUACAGGAUCGCACACCCAGCUCCUCCCCCGAGGGCCACCCCAACGCUCUUUCCUUCUUGGCCACCACCUGCAGCCAAGCCUGGCAGGUGAGCGGCGCGCCGGGCUCCGAGGGCUCCCAGUUUCCCUACGAGGGUACGGUCAGCUCGGCAUCGGGGAUGUUCCAACUGUGGAGCAACGAGAUGGCGCCCGGCGCGGCCAUCAGCACGCACCAAAUGGCCUUUACCGUGCCCAAGGUGCAGUUUCCCACACACGCACAGUCCGGCCUGGGGCACCAUCACCACCAUCACCCGCAUCACCCACACCAUCACCACGAGCUUCCUCUAACCCCUCCAGCUGAGCCGACGCCAUCAUCGUACUCGUUCGAACUCUCCCCCGUCAAAACGCUUUCCUCGCAGCCGCAGACUAACGGCUCCUACUACCCACAGCAUAGUAGCGUGGGACAAAACUUCCCUAACUUUCUCCAUAACUCCUCAGCCAGGCACCACCUGGCCGGAGGCCACGCAGCUGAAGGCCAGCAAUGGUGGAGCCUCCCCCAAAGCAACGCCACACCCUCCGGGCAUCCCUUCGCCCUGGGCAGGCAGCUGGUGUUGGGCCACCAACCUCAGAUAGCUGCCCUCCUCCAAGGGAGUUCCAAGGGCCUGCUGAGCUCCACGCGUCGCUGCAGGCGCUGCAAGUGCCCCAACUGCCAAGCCAGCGGCGGAGGAUUGGAGUUUGGUAAGAAGAGACUGCACAUCUGCCACGUCCCCGAGUGCGGCAAAGUUUACAAGAAGACGUCGCACCUGAAGGCCCAUCUGCGCUGGCACGCCGGCGAGAGGCCCUUCAUCUGUAACUGGCUCUUCUGUGGCAAAAGCUUCACGCGCUCGGACGAGCUGCAGAGGCACCUGCGCACACACACUGGCGAGAAACGCUUUGGGUGCCAGCAGUGCGGUAAGAGGUUCAUGAGGAGCGACCACCUCUCCAAACAUGUCAAGACCCACCAGACCAGGAAGAGCAGGUCCGUGCAGCCGUCACAAGGCUCAGAAGCGCUCCUCGCCAACAUUAAGCGAGAGUAA